AUGUGUCCUUUUGUAGACAGACGAAGUCAAGAGGAAAAACAAGGGAUAGAAAUAUGUAUAAAUUUUUAUUACGUUUAUUUCUUUUACAACGUGAUUAAAUUAUUGAUUUUCUUAUCUGAGAUCGAAAUCGAAGAAAAAAUAAAACGAUCUGUUUUUUUUGUUUCUGUUCUUCGUCGAAUUGAAAUGACAGGUAAUAAUCCAUUAGAAAAAGAUGAUAACAAAAUGCGAUUUUUCGAUGAUGAUGGUUAUCGACAACGCGCAGCGUGUGUUUGUGUAAGAAAUCAAUAUGAAGAUGAAAUUUUAUUGAUCACAUCUCAUCGUGAUAAAUCAUCAUGGAUAUUUCCUGGUGGUGGUGUUGAACCUAAUGAAAGUCCACAUGAAGCAGCACAUCGAGAGUUAUAUGAAGAAGCGGGUGUCAAAGGACGAAUUCUUCGUGAAUUAGGAAUUUUUGAAAAUCGUGAACGAAAUCAUCGCACGACAGUUUUUGUUGUUUAUUUUGAAGAAGAAUAUGAUGAUUGGGAUGAUAAAAGAUUAAUCGGUAGACAAAGAAAUUGGUAUCAUAUUAAAGAUGUUUAUUCAUUAUUAACAAAUUCGAAACCGUCACAACUGAAGUUUUUGGAAAAGUUUAUUUCAACAUCACCUAAUCGAAUUAAUUUACUUCAUGAAAUAUCUUCAUAA